AUGCACAUCCACCUUCUGAUGUUCAGCAUAAUGGGUUCCUCAACGUCGCUCAGAAAAUCAUGCUUAGCCUUAUUCAUCUUGCUGCUAAACCUUCGGAUCACCGGAAGUAGUGAUUCUUCGCUAGGUUAUGAUGGAGACGAGAGAAACGCUCUUUAUGCUCUGAGAGCCACUUUCAAUAACCCUUUCUUGAACAAUAACUGGACUAGCAUACAUUGUUCUAUGGACGAUCCCAGAUGGUACGGCAUCCAGUGCAGCAAGGGCCAUGUCACAGGAAUAGUACUGGAAGGUAUGGGGCUGAAGGGGCUGAUCAAUUUCAACGCCUUCAUUCACUUCUCCGAGCUAUCCAUCCUGAGCUUCAAGAACAAUGCUCUUCUAGGGGAAAUAAUGAACUUUUCGGGAAAUCAGAAGUUGGCCCGAAUCGACCUGUCAGGGAACAAGUUCCACGGUCCAAUCUCCAAGUCGCUUUUGAGUCUAGCUUUACUAGCAUCGUUGCAGCUCCAGAACAACAACUUGACAGGAGAAAUCCCUGAGUUUAAUCAAUCUACCUUAAUCUCCUUCAACGUGUCCAACAACGAUUUGAGUGGACCAAUCCCAUCGACGCCACUUUUCAAAUCAUUCGGCCUGGAUUCAUACUCGGGCAACCUGGGAUUGUACAGACCGCCCUCGCAUAACUCCUGCAAUUACAUGAGCUCCCCUGAGCCACCGAGCAAUGCCCCGUUGUCUUCCAAUCCUUCCAUUGAGGAUCCUGAAAAACGCAAGGGUCAUUCCAAUUCUGACUUUCGCAUUAUUUUUCUGCUGUUCAGCAUGGUGGCUCUACUUGCUGUGAUCUUGAUCUCUAUCUUGUGCUAUAAGAAGGCCAAGAAGCUCAAACAAUCAUUGAACCAAGAGAAUAGCAGAGAAGAAGAAGCAGUGGAUGAGAAAGAAGAGAAAAGCGAGGCAGUGGAGAGCGGCAGAGUCGUAGAGAGGGGAGAAGAUAGAGAGAAGCUUAUACUCUCCGAAAACGGUGGAGAAUUCGAAUAUAGUGAUCUUUUGAAGGCAUCUCCGGAGGGAAUCGGGAAAGGCAUCUUUGGGAACACCUACAAGGCGAUCUUGGAUGACAGGCAAGCCCUCGUGGUGAAGAUUUUGAAAAACCUGAAGCCAAUGACCAGCAAGGAGUUCACGAGACGAUUGCAGUUGCUCGCCGAUCAGAAGCACCCGAAUCUGAUUCCUCCUCUCACCUGCUUCUUCUCAAAGCAACAGAAGCUGUUGAUCUAUAGAUACGCAGAGAAAGGCAACUUGUUCAACCGCAUUCACGGAGGAAGGGGAAGCAAAGAGCGGGUGCCAUUCAGGUGGAACUCCAGACUAUCAGCUGCUCAAGGCGUGGCUCGUGCCCUACACUACCUCCACAUCAACUCCAACUCAAUACCAAACGUCAUCGUCCCGCAUGGGAACCUGAAGUCAACUAAUGUCCUCCUCAAUCAAGACGACACCGUCAUUGUCUCUGACUACGGCCUCUCCUCUCUUGUCACACUCCCCAUUGCCGUGCGAUCCAUGGUCUGCUUCAAAUCCCCUGAAUACCAAACCACGCGACUGAUCUGCCCGAAGACGGAUGUCUGGAGCUACGGUUGUCUGCUUCUCGAACUUCUCACUGGCCGAGUCUGUGCCCAUGCGGCCCCAUCGGGAGUUGAUGGCGUGGAUCUCUGCAGCUACGCCCACCAGGCAGUGAGAGAGGAAUGGACUGGCGAGAUCUUCGACUCCGAGAUCAGAGAGGAGAGAAGGUUAGCCAAUCAGAUGCUCGAGUUGCUGCAGAUAGCGAUACGUUGCUGUGAUGAGUCUCCUGAUAAGCGUCCCGAGAUGGCGGAGAUCGCGCAGGAGAUUGAGAAUAUGAAGGUGGCCGACGAUUGCGAGGACAAAUUUGUCACGUCGCCUGACAACAUUGUCCAAAGCUCCUGGUGA